AUGGGGGACAAAGAUAACGUCUCCUUGCUGAAUGCCCCUGUUAAACCUUCCGGCCUGUCUGGCGACGCGGUUAAUGCCAUCGCCGACAGGUUUCGCGAAGCAAAAAAGCAAACGCCAGCGUUCAGCCAGUUCCCUCCCCGUCGUGUCGAGUUCGCACGGGCCUCUAUGAGUGGAGCCUGGGCCAGCGCUGGUGCGAGGAAGAUGCAGAAAACGAGUGUGAGUGCCAUUGUGUCGUAUCACAUCCUCCAACUCAGCACCUGCAGUCGCUCCCAGCUGCAGCACUGUCCGUUCCUUUCUCAACUGUGUGUGUGUGUGUGUGUGUGUGUGUGUCUAGGCCUCACCCAGCCCAGUGUGACGGUGUUGCCCCCCUCCAGUGUGGAGCUGCAGCAGGAGAAGGUCACACUCGUGUGUGUGGCCUACAAGGGCUUCCCCUCGGACUGGAGGCUGAGCUGGAAGGUUGAUGGGAGCAACUGGAGCUCGGGGGAGAGCCGCAGCACCGCAGUUCUGCAGGCGGACGGCCUCUACAGCUGGAGCAGCACGCUGAGCCUCCACCCGUGUCAGUGGAGGAACAAGGUGGUGACCUGUGAGGCCUCCAAGGACAACCAACCACCUGUGGUGAGCACAGUGAACACAGAGCAGUGCUCAGAGCUGUGAGCUCACACACACGUUACUCAGCUCACCUUCUACUCCUUCACUGUGUGCUCCAUGUGGCCUUUACUGCUCAAAUGUCCCACUUUCAUCAUUUCAUCUGAGUUAUUGACAUGUGAGCUCACACACUCCUCACUUUAACUCAGCUCUUCUUCUUAUCACCUAAAUAUGUGUUAAGUGUGUGUAUCACUGCAAUGUCCUGCUUUGAAUUAUUAAUAAAAGCCUUUUGAAUCAGUAAA